AAGUUCUACUGUAGGCUAUUCACAUAUCGCGUUCACACCAUUAGUAAGUCGAACUUUUCUGAGUUCCUAGUACCUACCAGCCCAUGAACGCGGUAUUUGUCAGGUCAUGUUUCACUGCAGCAGAGUUUUUUGGGGGGGAAACGUCGUGCUUUCCCGGAAGCUUAAUUGUUAAUUUAAGAGAAACACUUUCAGUUUCAAUAUCACAACCGAUCUCUUUUGCCAUGCAAACGCGGACAACAGACUGAACAACAAGCUCACUGUACGGUAUAGUGUUGCCGAGGUCAGCAUCAUGUCAGGCCAGACAGUAUCCAUGAAGGAACCAGUAUGUCUGAUAGAGAACGACAGUGACGGGAAGCUGCGUGUGGUCCGCAGUGCACUGGACAUCCUGGACCAGAUAUACCAGCAUGUGGUAGUGGUGUCGGUGGUCGGGCUGUACCGCACCGGCAAGUCCUACCUCAUGAACAAGCUGGCUGGGGAGAGGAAAGCGGGAUCGUCUGAGACCAGCCACCCGGGCAGCAGAUGAAACUGUGGGUUUGCUCAACUGAAGAAUUUCUGCACAAACGGUCAGAAACCGUCUCAAG